AUGUACAGGAACGUACCGAAACUAAAGUCUGCAUCAGUAACUGAUGUCUCAAGCCCAUCCAAAAUGAAAGGAUUAACUAAUUGGGUAAGAAUACAACGACAACGUAACGGGCUCAAGACCAUUCCGACCUCGAGUCCUAAAGAUUUCAGUCACCUAGUCGAUCUGAAGACAGGCGUUGAAAUACCUAGAACAGCUCUUCAACAGGAGGAGCAUGUACUCAAGUACUGUCAGGUCCUUGCAAAGACAGGAAGCUCCGCACUACUGUGCAUGGGUGCAAUUGGACAACAAGCAGACAAUCAGCCAGAGGAACCGCAACAUGGCGAAUCGCAAAAUCCUGCACCUAUUAAUGGCCAAGAUUGCGAUACUACUACUGAGCUUAACAAGGAACAAACAAUAGUCCGCGUUUGUCUCAUUGGUCCAGGCCUAUGCACUGAAGGCACAGACGGGUUCAGUAAUAUGCCCAUCAAAAUCGUCUCAUUCAUUGAGGUAGGGAAGAAUUUUGAACACGCUAAGGAAACCUUCCCAGAUGCGCAAGCACUGAAUGACAUACGCAAGGUAAAUGAAGACAUCGAACAAGACAAACUGAACAUAGUAGAGUUCGAUCUGCUGGUAUGCUCGUUUCCUUGUUACAAGAAUACCCAGCUACGCGACGAGAAUGGCGGAAGCUAUCACCCUUCAGGAGAUCUAUUCACGGAAGAACAAAUGAAAUUUAUCAGUUUGAUCAAGCCCAAGCACGUACUCAAUGAAAUGACCCCUACAAGGGUCGACUACUACCAGGAGCACGACGCUGUCGUGAAGGAACUCAGAGCGAUGAACUAUUUUGUUGAGACUGAUCAGGUUGAUUGCUGCACCCUCGGUGACCUCCAGUCGCGAUUCAGAUGGUUCGCACUAGCGAGCACAAGCCCCAUCAAAUCGUUCGAUGUAUGCAAGGACAGUGGUAUGUCCUGCUUUCCAAAGGGACUAGACCAAAUACUGCAAGACGAGGAUACCAUUCCUGGAAGCCUGUAU